AUUUCACUCACAGCUUCAGGAAGAUCUGAAGAGGUUCUUGCUUCAACAGUGAUUGAACGGAACUUCGAUCUCGCCGGAAAUUAUAUGAGCCUAUUUAAAUUUCGUAUUUAUUCUGUAUCAAUUUUGAUAGGCUAAUAAAACCAGCCGAAAUGGAGACUUCUCAGAUUCGCCAGAACUACGACCGCGACUGCGAGGCUUUGAUCAACAAGAUGAUCAACUUGGAGCUUUACGCUGGAUACACCUACACCUCCAUGGCUUUCUACUUCAAACGGGAUGAUGUCGCUCUUGCUGGUUUUGCCAAGUUCUUCAAGAAGAACAGCGAGGAGGAGCGCGAGCAUGCUGAGAAGAUCAUGGAGUUCCAGAACAAGAGGGGGGGACGCAUUGUGCUUCAGGACAUCAAGAAACCUGAGCGAGAUGUGUGGGGCAAUGGACUGAUUGCUAUGCAGUGCGCUCUUCAGCUGGAGAAGAACGUCAACCAGGCUCUGCUGGAUCUGCAUAAGGUCGCCUCUGAGAAGGGAGACCCUCAUCUGUGUGACUUCCUGGAGACUCACUACCUGAAUGAGCAGGUUGAGGCCAUCAAGAAGCUUGGUGACCACAUCACCAACCUUUCCAAGAUGGAUGCUGGCAACAACAGGAUGGCGGAGUACCUGUUUGACAAGCACACCCUGGAUGGAGACAGCAGCUAAAUGCAGCCCUCAGA